AUGUCUGUGACAAAUGCAGUUUAUGCAUCCGUCACUCUCCUGCAAGAAAGUGUGAUCGGUGUCAUAGGUGAUGUAUCCAAUUCUUGGACAAGCCUCAGUGCUCUUAUGACCUCCACACUGCAAAUCCCUCAAUGCUCCUUCACCGCCAACGCAGUGGCAUUUUCAGACAAAACGCAAUACAAAUAUUUUUUCCGAACCAUUCCAACCCAAGUUCUUAUUGCUGAUGUGAUGUUGUCCUUUGCUACAAAGCAAGGAUGGAACAAGUUGGGUGUACUGUAUACGGAUGAAUCUUUGGGUCAGCAGUUUUAUCAAAGAGCUUUAAUUCAAGCGAACACCAUGGACCUUCAUAUUUUACGAUACCAAUCUAUUUCAACAUCUAUUUCGAAUGACGGCAUUUCAGAUGCCUUACGGAAUAUGACAAAUAACGGAGGAGCACGCAUUAUCAUGGUUGCAGCAGGCGAAAAGGCGCAAAGUCAAAUAAUGUUGCAAGCAUACCAGUUAGGACUGUUGACUGAAGACUAUGUCUGGUUGUUGAUGGGAGAUACCACAGACGCAUUGCAAGCUGAAGUAGAAGCUCAUAAUCAGAACCUAACAGCGGGAAGAAUCGAUUAUGCCACAGCUUAUCAGGGAUUAUUCUUGUUCGAUAACUGGCUUUCGUUGGAUGGCUACCAACCCUUCGAGGACUUCUUAGACCAAUGGUCUGCUCUAAACCCACAAGCGCUGGCGUACUCAUGCAUGAUGGUUAUGGCAGAAGGUUUCCAAAAACUCGUGAAAGAUAGCACAAAUCAAACGGACAAUCUAUUAAAACUUGCUUAUGGAGAGUUGGGAGACAAAUUAGUACCCAGCACUUUCAACGUCGGUUACGUUGGGCCCGAGGGUCCUAUGAUCUAUGACUCCAACGGAGAUCUAACCACAGGGUAA